UAAUGGGGAAAAGAGGUCUCUAUGUGUUCAAUUCAUUUGAACCUCCUAUAUACUUAUUUAUGAUGUGUGUACAAUUCAUUUGAACCUCCUAUACACUUAUUUGUAGAUGGGCCUGAAGUAUGACUGUACAGUGGAAGAUGUAUUAACAGGAAUAGUCAUGCAGUGUCGAGGUUGGAGAUCCAUAUAUUUCAAUCCAGAAAGGAAGGGCUUCCUAGGAGUUGCUCCCACAACUCUUCUACAGUCACUUGUACAACACAAAAGAUGGUCUGAGGGUGAUUUUCAUAUAUUUGCCUCUAGGCAUUGUCCCUUUGUGCUUGGAUAUAAAAGGAUUCCCCUAAAGCUUCAACUUACCUACUGUAUGAAUUUGCUAUGGGCUGCAAAUUGCUUAGCUACAUUAUACUAUGUUAUUGUGCCAUCUUUAUGCUUGUUUAGAGGCAUAUCCUUGUUUCCAGAGAUUACAAACUCAUGGGUCUUAGCAUUUGUAUUUGUCAUCAUUGUCCAUCGUGCAUACAGCCUAGGAGAAUUUGUUUGGUUUGGGGGCACAUUCAAGGGUUGGUGGAAUGAUCAAAGGAUGUGGUUGUAUAAAAGAACAACUUCCUACUUCUUUGGCUUGUUGGACUAUAUCCUAAAACGACUGGGGUUUACAAAUUCAGCCUUUGUCAUCACAACAAAAGUGGCUGAUGAUGAUGUGUCACAGAGAUAUGAGCAAGAGGUCAUGGAGUUUGGUACUUCUUCUCCAAUGUUUACCAUUUUAGCAACACUUGCAUUGCUAAAUUCCAUUUGUUUUGUCAGCGGAUUGAAGAGGGUGAUUGCAGAUGUGGAAACUUUGGUUUGGAAACAAUAUGCAUUACAAAUUCUUCUAUGUGGUCUGCUAGUUUUUAUCAACCUCCCUAUUUACCAAGGUCUUUUCUUCAGGAAAGACGUUGCUAGCCUGCCCACCUCUGUAACAUACCAAUCAACUAUGUUUGCGCUAUUGGCUUGUGCAAUAGCUGUAUAUUAAUUUCUAAGUUUGUCUCGCAAAACUUUUGCGGCUAAGAUAUAUUUUGAUGGGACCAUAUCUUUUCAAAAUAAUUGUAAAAAUAUAUUAUGAUUUAAUUUUUAUCAUUA